UCUCUUUUCUGUUUUCUGGUUUGAUUAUUAUUUUGAUCUACAUACAUACAUACAUACGUUCUUUUUAAUUGUCUUUUGUUUUGCGACUGGAUUCGUAUUCUUUUCGUCGAAACGUGUAACUGUCGGGAACAGAUUUAUUUAUUCAUUCAUUGAUCUUUCUGGAGUGAGGAUUUGUUGAGUCUUUUUUUUUUUUUACGAUUAUACCCAGAAGGAAAGAAAGAGAUGGAUACUCGACCUAAAUUGCCGCAGAAGGCUUUCAGGAAGGAGGGGGAGGACUUCGAUGCCUUGGAGGAUAGGAAGAUUGGGAAUGGGUCGACGUUGAAGUUUGGGAGUCAGAAUCAGAUGGAGAUGAUGAGGGCUGAUACUGGAGAUGUGUUUCCGAGACCGAGUAGUUCGCAUGCGGAUCCAUUGAAUUGGGUACGCUGGCGGAAGGAAUUAGCGUUUGCUUCGCUGAUGUUGGCGACGGCCACGAUUGGGAGCUUGAAGACGAUGUUUGUUACCGUCAAUGCGGUGAUUGCGACUGAGUUGAAUUCCUCGUACACAGGCGCCGCAGCGUUGACUGGCGUACCGUUGAUUAUUGGUGCGAUGACGGGUGUCAAGAGUCAGAUUCUCAGUCAGACGAUUGGAAAGAGGGGGAUCUAUUUGGUCAGCUCGAUCGUGAUGUUGCUUGCGGCGGUGUGGAAUAUGCAUGUUACGAGCAGCUACGCGGAGUUUAUGAUCUCGAGAAUCUUUCAGGGUAUGGGAUGGGGAGCAUUCGAGGCUUUGGUUGGAGGUUCUAUCAAUGAUUUGUUCUUUGUCCAUGAACGAUCAGCUCGAAUGAACGCAUACAAUGUCGUCAACAUGCUCUUCCUUUGGGGAUCACCUAUCCUUGGAGGCUUCCUAUCGCAGUCCACCCAAGGUUUCCGUAACCAGAUCAUGGUCGUCAACAUCAUCCAGGCCUUCUCGAUCGUCUUCCUAAUCCUCGGUGCUCCAGAAACGACAUUCGAUCGCACAACUGGAGCUACACCACCCGCAGAGAAUGCUCCAUCAGGAACACCAUUCAAACUUUACCUGAACACCCUCAAACUCAAGACCCAACACUCAACCCGUCCAUUCUCCAUCACCCGAGCCAUGCAACCACUCAAAGCGCUCUACGCCCCCUCCACUCUCCUCACAAUGCUCCUCUCAGCACCUCUCUUCGCAACCUCCUUCGGAAUCGCCGAAUCCCUCUCCCUAAUCUUCACCUCCAUGCCAACCUUCCUCUUCCCCUCCCGCCUCGGCUUCCUCUUCAUCCUCCCUCUCAUCUUUUCCCUCCUCACCUACACCAUCUCCUCCUACAUAAUCUACAUCCGCUCCAAACCCCCACACCACCUCUCCCCCUCCGCCUCGAACAUCACCCUCGGGGUCUCGAUCCCAGGCCUCGUCCUCGCCGUCGCCGGCCUCCUUAGCUUGGGUCUCUACACCGAACAAGCUCUCAUGCCAACCAUCGUCUCCGACGGCUCCGGCUCCGUCUUCGCCUUGCUCACCGGCGCAGACAUAAGUCUCAAAACCGUCUCAGCACUCUUCGGUAUCCUGGUCGCCGGCUCCGUGGUCCUAACCUACGCCUCCACGACCCACCUCUCGUGCUCGCAAUCCUCAACAGCAAAAGCCUCUCUCUUAACAGAAGGAACCCGGUUCUGGGAACAGAUGUUAGCCGGUAUCUGGACGAUUGGCAUGCCGAUGUGGGUCCAGGGCGCUACGCAGGAAGGUAUGACGAUGGUGAUGGGGUUCAAGGAAACGGCGAUCGCGUUGGCGGUUUUGAGUGUGGUGUUGAGUUCGAGUGUCGGGGCGCUGUUGUGGAGUAAGGGGAGGGAGAUCCGCGGGGUGGAUGCGAGGGUUUUGGGGCGGGUGGAGGAGAAUGAGGGGGAGGGGCAGGGGCAGUUGAAGAGGUGGAAUACGGGGGAUAGUUUUAUGGAUGUUUAG